GAGGAAAUGAGGGUUUGGGCUGGAGGCAGGAGGCAGCCUCUGACACAGAGAGGUCAGAGGGCAGGGCCAGGCCGCAGAGAAGGGAGAAGGCUCAUCCUGGCAAGGCCAGGCAUGGGGACAGGCUCUGCCAUGGCAAUGGGAGGAGCAGGAGCACGGUGGUCCCUGAGCCCCCUGCUGGGUGAGGUCACAGGCAGGGGGGGUGAGGUCACAGGGGGAUUCCUGCCUACUGGUCCCCGGCCUUCCGGGCAGGGGCUAAAGGACCAGAGCCUGCGCAGGAGAGGGACUGGUCCGGAGCCCAUCUCCAGAGGGGUGGGCACUGGGCAGCACACUUGGGGCCAUCCUGCUGCACGCAGUGCGCGGACGGGCCGGCAAGGACAGGCACGGGCACAGGCAGGGGCAGGCAGGGCCUGCGGACAGAAACCAACUGCGAGGGCCAACAAGGACAGCAAGAGGAGGGGCAAGGCAGUCGGGACGCAGGGAGAUCCGCCCGCGCAGCCUGGAGACGCCUCAGGAUUGAGCCGCGAGCAGCAUGUCCGGAGCAGAGGAGGUCUGUGCGAUGCCUGAGCAGGAGCAGGAGCCUGAAGCGACGUGCUCUGGGCCCCCCCCCACAGGCAGGGGAGCAAAGGCCAAGAAGAGCCGCUCCUCCCGCUCCUCCCGGGCUGGGCUGCUCUUCCCUGUGAGCCGCAUAGACAGGCAGCUGCGCAGAGGCCACUUCGCCAAGCGCCUUGGAGCCAGGGCCCCCGUCUUUCUGGCUGCUGUGCUGCAGUGGGUGACGCACAAGACCAUGGACAUGGCUGGGAAGAUUUCCAAGAAGAGCAACCAACAGUGCAUUUCCCCAGGCCACUUGCAGAUGGCUGUGCGGAACAGCUCUGCGCUCAAGCAGCUCCUGCUAGGCAAGCCCAGGCACCACAGCAGGGCUGUCCCCCAAAGCCAGCGCGUGGCCUCACCCUCCAAAAAGAAGAAGGCCAAGGAUAGGAGAGGAAGGCGCAGGCAACGGGCUGCACCUGCCCGUGCCACCACUGCUAUCGCUGCCAAGUGAAAACAGAAAUUCCUGCCCCAGACCAGCACGGCAAGGGCUGUCCCAUUUUUGCCCGGCUCUUGACAAAUCCACCGCUCUGGUUUAAUGGUCCAAUAAAAGCCCUUGAAAUGCUAUGUUGUGCCUGGGGCUUGCCUUGUGGAUGCUGGGCAGUGGAGUGGGGAGUGGGAGGAUGGGGGACAGCAAGG